AUGGCUGACUUUCUAACGCGUGCCUCGCGGCUGCGGGUUGCAGAUGCUUCAGUCGGAUCUUACUCUGUAUCAAGCGCCCCAAUCCGCGCAGUGAAGCCCAGCACAAACAGCAGCAGAAUUCCCCCGUAUUUGCAUCGCCAGGGGUUUGUACCGAGAUGCGAAGAAGACUUCGGCGGGGGCGGCGCUUACCCCGAAAUCUUCGUCGCCCAGUUUCCUCUUGGCAUGGGGAAGCCUGCAGAUGGCGGCGGAAACAACUCGACGCUUCCUCUGCAGCUGGGGGCUGACGGCCGGUUGGAAUACGAUUUGGUGGUUCGUCAAGGAUCAACGAAAACGGUGGUUUACACGCGGCCGGAGAACGCGGACGGGGUGCAGCUGCAGGGUGCAGCAGCAGUAGCAGCACGACAACUACCGAGGAAACUCACACUGCAAGACCAGCAAGACUGGAAGAUUCCUCCCUGCGUCAGCAAUUGGAAAAACCAGAAGGGGUAUACAAUACCGCUUGACAAGCGUGUGGCUGCUGACGGCAGAAACUUGCAAGAUGUUUCCGUCAACGACAAAUUUGCUUCUCUCUCCGAGGCGCUGUACAUAGCAGAGCGACAGGCACGAGAGGAGAUUCGACUUCGUAACGAAGUUAAGAAACAAAAGAAAAUACGAGAAGAAGAACUCAGAGAACAGCAACUCAGACAGCUCGCCGCGCAGGCGAGGGCUGAAAGGUCUUCAACGGAGGGGGUAGAAGGCCACAACAGCGGUUGUGCGCAGCGUUUGCUGCGACUGGAGGAUUUGGCAGUCGACCCUCUUGAGCCUCCUCGUUUUAAACACAAAAGAGUGCCUGCAGCUCGCUUCUCUCCGCCCCCUCCUGUUCUGCAUUCCCCAACAAGGAAACUCACACUGCAAGACCAGCAAGACUGGAAGAUUCCUCCCUGCGUCAGCAACUGGAAAAACCAGAAGGGGUAUACAAUACCGCUUGACAAGCGUGUUGCUGCUGACGGCAGAAACUUGCAAGAUGUUUCCGUGAACGACAAAUUUGCUUCUCUCUCCGAGGCGCUGUACAUAGCAGAGCGACAGGCACGAGAGGAGAUUCGACUUCGUAACGAAGUUAAGAAACAAAAGAAAAUACGAGAAGAAGAACUCAGAGAACAGCAACUCAGACAGCUCGCCGCGCAGGCGAGGGCUGAAAGAGCCCAGUUGUUGCAGCAGUCGCGGCGCGCUGCUGGGGCGGAUGCGGAGGAGGAGGCGGAGCGGCAGCAGCGCGAGCAGUUGGCGAGAGAAAGAGAGAAAGACAUUGAAAGGGCAGUUCGCCUCGAGAGAAGCAGAGGAAAACGGCGAGAUGACUCGCAAAGAGAUAUCAGUGAAAUGGUUGCAUUGGGGCUGCCGGUGGACGCGAAGAAACAACGCACAGACUCUAUGUUCGAUGCUCGCCUCUUCAACCAAGCAGGCGGAACAGACUCGGGAUACAAAGGAGGAGAAGACGACACGUACAACUUAUACGACCGCCCCCUCUUUGCUCAACGAGGAGGCGCUGGAAUUUAUCAAUUCAGCCGCGACAGGUUUUCCGCUUCUGUUGGGUAA